ACGGUCUAGAAGCGGGAAGCGACGUUCAAAAAGUUGUCAAGGUAUCGUUGGUGUCAUGUCCGUCAGCGUCGAAGACGGCUGCUGUGGUUUAAUUUGCGUUUAGAACUGUGAGCACCAUUAAAGAACCUUUGGAAUCUGCACUUUUCACGUUCCUCAGAAUAGCCCAAGAUGGAUGAUGCCAUCAAGGUGGCUCUCAGAGUCCGUCCGCUAUCAUCAAGUGAGUUGGCAAGAGGAUGUCAACCGUGCCUUGAUUGUAUUCCCAAUGAGCCACAAGUUGUUAUGAGGAGUUCUGAUAAGGCCUUCUCAUAUAACUAUGUCUUCAGCCAAGACUCGAGUCAAGCCAAUGUGUAUGAUGUCUCCGUCAAAUCUCUAGUGAAACAGUUAUUCAAAGGAUACAAUGUUACCAUUCUGGCUUAUGGACAGACGGGGUCUGGAAAAACCUACUCAAUGGGUACCUGUUAUUCUGGAGAAGGAGAAAUGGGCAUCAUACCCCGUGCCAUCAGUGAUAUAUUUGAAAUCAUUGCAGUGACUGAUGACAAGGAUUUUAAAGUUUCAACUUCAUUUAUGGAGUUGUAUAAAGAGCAACUUUUUGAUCUUCUUGCCUGCAAUACAAAACCAAGGGACCAGUGUAUUGUUGAUAUCAGGGAAGAUACAAGAGGAGGUAUUAGAAUACCUGGCCUUAUUGACAUGGAAGUAUCUAAUGCAGAAGAUACUUUCAAUGCUCUCAGAAUGGGAUCAACUGGUAGAGCUACAGGUGCAACUGCCAUGAAUGCGCAGUCAUCAAGAAGCCAUGCAAUAUUUACUGUUACCAUUCAGAUGUGCAAUAAAAACAAUGGGGGAGGAGACACUGUUGCAAAAUUUAAUUUGGUAGAUUUAGCUGGUUCAGAGAGGUCAAAAAAAACUGGUGCCACAGGUGAAAGAUUUAAAGAGGGAGUAAAUAUUAACAAAGGCCUGCUGGCAUUAGGAAAUGUAAUUUCAGCCUUAGGUGAUGGACAGCAAAAGGGCUAUGUUUCAUAUCGUGACAGUAAACUAACAAGGCUCCUGCAAGAUUCUUUGGGUGGAAACUCAAUUACACUGAUGGUGGCAUGUGUGAGCCCUGCAGAUUACAAUUGUGAGGAAACGCUGAGCACUCUACGUUAUGCGGAUAGGGCACGUCAUAUAAGAAACAAACCAAUCGUAAACCAAGAUCCUAAAACUGCUGAGAUGCUCCGUCUUCAGAAAGAGAAUACUGAGCUGCGUCUUCAGCUUAUUGGUAAUGGUGGAACCAUUGGAACUUGUCCAAAGGAACACCAUGAGCUUGAGAAUGAAAAUGAAGUACUCAAAUCAAAAAAUCGCAAACUAACUGAAGCUUUAAAUAAUGCUAUUAAUGAAAGCACCAGUCUCAUGGAGCGUGCAUUGUUGGCAGAACUUGCUCGAGACAGAAUGAAUGUGAAACUCAAAGAGUUAAAUGCUCAAUGUAACAUGACAAUUGAAAAUUUUGAUCAGUCUAAAGAGCUGUCACCUUCCGCCUCCAUGAAUGGUAAUUUGGCUGGGUUAAAAGAGCUCAAAUCUAAAAUAUUGGAAUUGCAGGCUGAGCAACAGCAAGGAGAAGAGGAAAUUAAGAAACAUGAGAUUUCUGAGAUGACAGCCAAAAACAACCAAUCUGCUGAUGGGAACCGAACCAUUGUCAUUAACUCUCCUUUCACUCCGCAAUCCAUGGCAGAAUUUGAUCAGCAGGAAGAAACACAUACAUUCCAACAAGCCGCCCUUAAUCAAGAACUUCAGGAACUUACAAGGGCCUUGGCUAUUAAAGAACAGCUGGCUGCUACCCUGGUGGCCAACUCAAGCAGCAUAACCACUUUGAACCCAGAACACCAAGAGAACAUGAAACAAUUGGAAUCUCAAAUCAAUAGUCUCCAACAAGAGCGUGACAUGCUUCAGGUACAAUUAAAAUCAGUGCAGUCCAAUACUGCUUCUAGUAAAAUUGCUGAACAACGCCGCAAACGACUUCAAGAGCUGGAAGCACAAAUGUCAGAUUUAAAGAAGAAACUUCUUGAACAAUCAAAAAUAAUUAAAAUGAAGGAAAAAACUGAUGAGAAGGUUGUAGUUCUGAACAAUGAAAUAAGGUCUAUGAAGUCCAUGAAAGUGCGAUUGAUUCGUCAAAUGAAGCAAGAGAGUGAGCAGUUUCGGGACUGGAAACUUCAGCGAGAGAAGGAGAUGAAUAAAUUGCGUGAUCAAGACCGCAAACGCCAGAACAUCAUGAAUCGAAUGGAAAACAUGCACACAAAACAACAGAAUGUCCUUAAGCGUAAGGUUGAAGAGGCAGCUGCUAUAAACAAAAGGCUUAAGGAUGCCUUAUUACUUCAAAAGCAGUGUCAGGAAAAACGCCAGCAAACUCUUGGUAAGCCAGAAAGAGUUCAAGCAUGGAUUGCCCAAGAGCUCGAAGUGUCUGCUAGUACUGUUGCAGCAGUAAGAGUUCGAGAUAAGCUUAUAGAAGACCGUGCUGUUAUUAGCCAACAACUGGAAAAUGCUGUGGAGUCUUUGAAAACAGCGUCCCCUGUUGAGGAGAAACGCGUAAAACAUGAAAUUAAGCAACUCAAAGAAGACUUGCAGCUGCGAAGUGCUCAAAUUGCAGACAUAAAUCAGAAAAUUCUUGAUUCCGACCAAGAGAACAAAGCAAAAACAAGAUGGGAGUCUAUUCAAUCAAUGGUGGAUGCCAAAUACGCCCUAAAGUACCUGUUUCAAAACGCUGUUGAGUUUAAAAAAGAUGUGGCAAUGAAGGAAUAUACAGUUGAAGAAUUAGAGGAAACCUGCAAGAAGUUGAGUGCUGAAAUUAAGCUUGCUGAGGAAAAGCUCAACUCUCUUGAGCAGAAACACAAAAGUGAAUUACUCACUUUAGAGAAGGAAUCUGUAGAAAAGGUUGCAGUCCUGCUUAACAAAUUACGUGAGGCUGAAAAAGGGUCUCUGCAUCCUCGUGCUGUUGAAACUGAUUCCGAUCUGAGGAAGAAACUUGAAAUGCUUGAAGAUGAGAAUAAGUACUUGAGAUCUAUUACCGACCAAAUAGACAUGUUAAAGGAAGCUUAUAACAAAAGUAAGCGAGAAUCUUCAAAUAGUAUUGAUGGUCCUUUCAAUGAGGAUUCCACUGAUCCCAAGACACCACCUAAGGAAAUCAAAAAGAAAAAGACUACACAUUUAUUCAAGUCUCCAUUAAACGUUACCUUUACUGAUACUGAAGAUGAGGUAUUUGAUGAUGAUGAUGAUGAAAACGAUCCUGAUUGGAAACGGACACCGUUAUUUAAACGUCUUCAAAGCAUUAGAAGAAAAACAACAGUAUCAGAUAACAUGUCGCAGUCAAUAUCUGUAAAACGCACUUCUGAUGGAAGUACAUCUUGCACAUGCAAAGGAACUUGCCAGAGAUGUCCUUGUCGAAAAACUGGCGCUGCAUGCUCUGAUAGCUGUUCAUGUACUUUGAACAAAUGCACCAACAGGAGUAAGGAAAAUAGUAUGGAGAUGGAUUUCAGUGCUGAUAGCAUAACUGGGGAAUCAAAACGACCAAGGACGGAAAAAUUACCAUUUGAAAUUGCAACUAAUAAUGCCAAUUCAUCUGCACUACCUCAAGUGCAGGGCAAAUACUUCCCUGCAGCAUAAAUCUGGUGACUCAUUUAUUUUCUUAAAGAUCUAGACAAUACAUCAUGUACAGCAUUUCCUAGUUUUUAAUUAAGUUUGCAAAUUUGUGAUAUAUAGGAUCAAUUAAAUUUUAAUUAAUAUAUUAUGUUUUUAUUUGUAACUCUCAUGCAUUAAGUGUGGUUCGUUUCAUGUAAGUUAUUUUUUUUUUUAAUGAAUUAAGUUUCUUCCAACAGCUGAAUUUUAUGAACAUUUGUUAGUUGACUAAAGCUUGUUAAGCAAGCAUCAAAGUGAGCCCCUGUAAUUUUUUAUAGAAAUUUAUUUUACCAUAUCCCACAUUACCUUAAUCAAUAAAACUAUGAUUCAUGAUUUGUA